UCUAUAAUAACUUCUAUUCGAUAUGUAACCGAUAAGUGAAUAUAUUCAACAUUUUUGUCGAUACGAUAAGAAAAACGCAACAAUGAAAUCUCUCAGCCUGAUAAUGCGACAGAGCUAAAACACUUCCGCUCUGUACUUUGUCAUUCAUAUAAGUUAUCAUUUACAAGUUGUCAAUUAAUUUUGUUUUGUGCAUCCAUGUAAAUACAAAUCUUCCAUUGUGAUAAAUAGAAAACAAUUGUAAACAAUUACAAACUGUAUAUCAAAUUUAUAUAUAUAUAUAUAAAUCUUGAAGCGCAAAUUACAUACUGUACAGAUACGGUAGAAUAACUCGAAAUAGUUUUCGUACAUAUCUAUGCUGAAAAGAGAAGUCAAUCAUGACAUGUGGAAUAAGACGCCAUAUUGUUUAGGGAAUUUUACAACCCGCAUCUCAUUGGUAGAAUAUGUGUGCACUUGUAUUCAAAUUCGCACGUGUAUAUAGUUUGAAGGUCUGUGUCAAUUUUGUUUCGCGAUCGUUAUUUAUAAAUUAAAAUUAUAAAAAGAAAGAAAACUGCUGAGAAUAUUUUUUUUUUGUGCGAGAAACAUACUCGAAUUUGUUAUUUCGCUGACACCUGCUGACGGUUGCGUUAGAGAAGUGUUUACUUGGGGUUCUCUCUUGAUCUCUCCGAAACUUCAAAUGUGGCGCCACCCUUCGCAUUUAGUUCGUCGUUUCCGGAGUCCACCUGCCAGACGGCGCUAAGAAACUCUACUUGUUCCAACGAGCGAGUUUGUCUUCCGAGUCGGAAGUUCCGAGAACAAGUGCGGAGAGAAGUGAGCAAACGGGCAGUAGAGCGAGAGAGAUCCGUGAGUAAGGGCCAGAACGACGCGGGAUGCGAAAUUGAUUCGGAGGAGAGACUUUGAACAUCUUUCAUCCACGUUGAUCGGCCGUCUACUUGGAAUUUGUUGAUGAACGUUUCGCGCGCCAGUGGCCAGCACAGCAGUUGACCUGCAAUCAAUAACCCUAAAGAGCGCUUUUUGUGCUGGUCGAGAGGAAUAUCAUAAUGGCGAAGAGCGUGGCGUCGAGGGCGAUAGACCGCGGGAGUGGGAGACAGUGGUAAAAACAACGCUGAAUAGAGCCUGGGAGUCGCGCAUUGCUGAUGAAGGAAUAUAUUCCUUAUAAAUCUAGGCAGCACUUUUGCCUAGUCCUAGCGUUCAAUUAACGCACCAAUUUUCAAAUAUGGAUGAUGAAGAAGGAACUUCCAGUUCUGGACCAAUGUCUUCAUUAAACAGUUUAUUUUCAUUUACCAGUCCAGCAGUGAAAAAACUGCUCGGUUGGAAACAAGGUGAUGAAGAAGAAAAGUGGGCGGAAAAAGCAGUAGACUCUUUAGUGAAAAAACUGAAGAAACGCAAAGGUGCAAUUGAAGAAUUGGAACGAGCAUUAAGCUGUCCUGGCACUCCAAGUAAAUGCGUGACAAUUCCUAGAAGCUUAGAUGGCAGAUUGCAAGUUUCGCAUCGAAAAGGUCUGCCACAUGUGAUAUACUGCAGAGUUUGGCGAUGGCCAGAUUUGCAAUCGCAUCACGAGCUAAAGCCGUUAGAACUGUGUCAAUAUCCCUUUUCCGCCAAGCAAAAAGAAGUUUGCAUUAAUCCUUACCACUACAAGAGAGUGGAAAGCCCUGUGCUACCACCGGUAUUGGUUCCUAGACAUUCGGAAUAUGCUCCUGGCCACUCACUGUUGCCAUUUCAACAAUUGACCGAUCCGAGUAUGCCGCACAAUGUGUCCUACUCGUCGAGCGGCUUCAACAAUACUGGAUCCACAGGUGCGGUUAAUCCCACAUCGCCCAUGUCUUCGGUUGGUUCGGUUCCAAGCCCGGGUAGCGCAACGCUACCGAAUCCGCAGAGUCCGUACGGCACUAAUGGAUUGCCGGAAACACCACCACCAGCUUAUUCACCGCCGGAAGACGGAUCGCAGACCGGGCAAACUUCACCCUCGGAUACUGUUCCGAUGGAUACCACUACGUCAAUCGAAACAGCUACUCCCGUUUGUUACCAAGAACCGCCUUAUUGGGCUUCGAUCGCUUAUUACGAGCUGAAUUGUCGAGUAGGUGAAGUGUUUCAUUGUCAAACGCAUUCCGUGGUCAUCGAUGGCUUUACAAAUCCAAGUAACAACUCUGAUCGCUUCUGCCUCGGACAGCUGUCUAAUGUAAAUCGAAAUUCCACAAUAGAGAACACAAGGCGGCACAUAGGCAAGGGCGUGCAUCUGUACUAUGUUGGGGGCGAAGUCUAUGCCGAGUGUCUUUCGGACUCGGCAAUAUUCGUGCAGUCUAGAAACUGUAAUCAUCAUCAUGGUUUUCAUCCUAGUACAGUUUGCAAAAUUCCGCCGGGAUGUUCGUUGAAGAUAUUUAACAAUCAGGAAUUUGCCCAGCUUCUUUCGCAAAGUGUGAAUCAUGGUUUCGAAGCUGUUUAUGAGCUGACAAAAAUGUGUACGAUCAGAAUGUCUUUCGUGAAAGGAUGGGGUGCUGAAUAUCACAGGCAGGAUGUUACAUCUACGCCUUGUUGGAUCGAGGCACAUUUGCACGGACCUUUGCAAUGGUUAGACAAAGUGUUAACUCAAAUGGGCCCACCUCACAAUGCCAUAAGUUCUGUGUCAUAACGUGCAGUAACCAUGCAUGCAAUAUACAUUAAGAGGAAAGGACAAGUAAUUUUGAUGCAUAAUGUUUCUAAAUCUAGAAAUGUUGGUCUCUUUCUCGCCGUAAAUAUGUGAAAAUUAUCGAGACUUUACAUAAUUAUGCUCGACAAGAUUAGUUACAGCUGUAAGAUAUGUAAUGCUUACAUAAAAGCUAUAAAAACAAGAGAUAAUUACAUAUAUUGAGACAAAUAUUUAGAAAGAGUAUACAAAGUUGUAAGAAAAACUUGUGCACAAAUAGUAUGUAACAUGGUGAUCUCUGGGAAUUAUCGUGAGUGCCGAUUAUAUCUACCCAUGCGUAGAACCUAUAAAACUGUUUGGCUGUUAUCUAGGAAAACAUUACAUAAAGAUAAUAACAAUUAUAUAUGUGCAUAAGAAGAAAUAUUUUUCAAAUCUCUAUGCAUUAGUUAUAUAAUAGUUUAUUUUAUAUGGAGACUUAUAGAGAUAUUUGUCAGUGUUUUAUUUGCAAAUCGUUUAUUAGAUGAUUUUAAGAUUUAUUGUAACGAUAAAAAAAAAGAACGAAAUCGUAACUAUUACAGCUGCUUGACAAAGAAAGUAAGUUCUCCAAAUUAUGUGGAAAAAAAGUUUUUUUCUUGAUAACGGAAAAGUGUAAAUGAUUAUGUAUCUGUUAAGUUACAUAUGUGUGUGCGUGUUUCAAAAAGUACAUUUACGUCUACAUAGAUCUAUAUAUAAGUCAAGAUUUUUAUUACUAAAUAACUACUCGCAUGAUGUAGCGCUUUUGAUGAUUGAAAACAAUGCGAUCUAUGUUUCAAUUAAUGUGUCGGAUGCUGAUCUCACGUUGACUACCGGAAGUUAACUGCGUCCGAUGAUAUAUUUAAACGUCGAGUACAUUAAUCUGUAGAAAGAUGAUUCACGCUUGCUCCAUCUGUGCGUAAGAAUAAAUUGCAUUGUACUCUUCUCAAUUUAGCUGAUACUGCGCACCAAUUCAUACGAUGCUUUCUUGUAUUUUUUAAUUCUUGAAAAUAUUCAAUUAGAUAAUCUCUCUCGCGUGUUAUAAACAAAAAUUAAAAU